AAUGAGGUCAAUCAUACAAUCUCGUCGACUCUCUCUCUCUCUCUCUCCGCAAGUCUUCCCUUCCCUACUGCUAUCUGCCUGAGGGCCGAGGGGAGUGUCUGUUGAAUCAGAGCGAAGAUGGGGCGGCGAACGAAGCUAAGAGAUAUCGUAGGCGCUCUCAAAGAUAAGGCAUCUAUAAGCAAAGCAGCUCUGCUGUCCAAGCCAAACACGACGGCUCUACAUCUCGCUGUCCUCCGAGCCACAACACACGAGCCAUCAAGCCCACCGCAUGAGAAGCACAUCGCCGCCGUUCUUGCCUUCGGCCACAGCUCCCGACCUACCGCCUCCCUCUGCAUCAUAACUUUAAUGGACCGCCUACAGAAUACUCACAAUUCCUCUGUGGCCCUCAAGUGCCUCAUAACCGUUCAUAACAUCAUCAGACGGGGCACCUUCAUCCUCCAAGACCAGCUUUCCAUCUACCCUUCUUCGGGCGGCCGAAACUAUCUCAACCUCUCCAACUUCCGGGACUAUGCUAAUUCCGAGACGUGGGAAUUGUCGUCGUGGGUAAGAUGGUAUGCAAGGGUUCUAGAGCAACUUAUAUUCACUUGUAGGAUUUUGGGUGGAUUUUUUCUUUCUUCUUCCACGCUCGGCGUCGGUGAGAAGGAUGUAUCGGAAGAAGAAGAAGAGAAGGUGUCAUCGCUUCUGAAUGGAGAUUUGAUAAAAGAAAUAGAUGCUUUCGUGGGAGCGGUGGAAGAAAUGUGCAAAGCACCCGAUCCAGUGCACGCUCAGAGCAACAAGUUGGUCUACGAGGUGAUGAAGCUGAUAGCUGAUGAUUACCAGUCGGCCCAGAAGGAGAUUACGCUCCGAAUCUAUGAGCUUAGAGAGAGACUGAGCAGUCUGAGUUUCGGGGAGUCGGUGGAACUAGUCUGUGUUCUUAGGAGAAUGGAGAAUUGCAAAGAACGGUUAUCACUGCAGUUCUUAAAUAACAAGACCACCGCGGCAGAACUAUUAUGGGGCUUGAUUAGGGAGGUGAAGGACAGGAUAGGGACGACGAAAGAUUCCGAAGCGGGGGUGAGGCCGGAAACGGUGGAAAGGAGAUUGAUGGUGAGCGAGUCAGCUCGACUCGGCGAGAGAGUUCUAAGAUCGGGGGACUCGGUUCGGUUCUCAUCAGGUAGGUUAGAAUUGAACCGGGUUUCUAAAACGAUCUUGGAGUCGGUUGUCUGAUCAUUCUGUCUCGGGCGCACGCAUGAGACGCAUAACUUGAACCGGGUUCCCGUUCUUUAUUUAUUUGUUUAUUUUUAGUAGUGGAUAUUGCCUAGCUUGUUUGUACUUCAAAUCAUACAAUACAAUACAAUACAAGAGGGACACCGGAAAGAGUCCACUCUUGGCUGUUUACCUGUUUUUCUUUUUC